AUGAGAAAGAAGCUUCCAAUCAGUCAGCCCUGUGUAAUAAGUUUUGCGUAGUGUGACUGGUCCAGACGCAAGAAAAGAACACGUUGUGGUAGUUAUAACUUCUUCUUAUUAUUAACUAUCAUCUCUCGCAGCUCUUUUCCUGUGGGGCGUCUAAGUACCAGUGCUCUUCUCCCCGCUUGAGCUGACCUUUCUCCUUGUCGGACCUUUUGCUAGGGAAUUGCUAGGGAAUUGCCGUUUUCUUCUGCUUCUAGAUUAUUCCUAGACCGCCAGAUUAACCAGCCACCUGGCCUCCAUGUAUCUGCUCAGGUAGAAAACAGCUCGGUUUUCUAGCUCUCUACCUUACCAGUCUCUGGUACUCUCUCUCUCGUCGUUCCUACAUCUCAAUUCUUGCGGACGGCAAUGGAGCAGUCGUACCUGUUCUCCCCCGCGGAGGUGCUUCAGCGCUUCCGCGUAACGGAAGAAACGGGGCUCUCGCAGGAGCAGGUUCUCAAGUCCCGUGCGGAGUAUGGUCCCAAUGCUCUCCCCGAAGAUCCUCCAACACCGCUAUGGGAACUGGUCCUGGAGCAAUUCAAGGACCAGCUGGUUUUGAUCUUGCUAGGUUCUGCGACGGUAUCCUUUAUACUCGCACUAUUUGAGGAAGGUGACGACUGGACCGCAUUUGUGGAUCCGGUGGUGAUAUUGACCAUUCUUAUUCUGAACGCUAUCGUCGGAGUGUCACAAGAAACAAGUGCGGAAAAGGCAAUUGCAGCUCUACAGGAGUAUUCCGCGAACGAGGCCAAGGUUGUCCGCGAUGGAAAGAUCCAGAGAAUCAAGGCGGAGGAGCUGGUCCCUGGAGAUAUUAUCCAUGUGGCCGUUGGAGAUCGGAUUCCAGCGGAUUGCAGACUGCUCUCUAUCCAAAGCAAUAGUUUCCGCGUGGACCAAGCGAUCCUGACUGGUGAGAGUGAAAGUGUUGGCAAGGACACCAAACCGGUUAAGGACCAGCAAGCGGUUAAACAGGAUCAGACGAAUAUUCUCUUUUCUGGAACCACCGUCGUUACUGGCCAUGCUACCGCGGUCGUUGUUCUCACAGGUGGAUCGACAGCUAUCGGAGACAUCCAUGAAAGCAUCACGUCGCAGAUCUCGGAGCCAACCCCAUUGAAGCAGAAGCUCAACGACUUCGGAGACAUGCUCGCUAAGGUUAUCACAGUGAUCUGUGUGCUGGUUUGGCUCAUCAAUAUCGAACACUUCAGUGACCCGUAUCACGGUGGUUGGGCCAAAGGCGCCAUUUACUAUCUUAAGAUCGCCGUCUCUCUCGGUGUGGCUGCCAUUCCCGAAGGAUUGGCUGUCGUGAUCACCACUUGCCUGGCGCUCGGAACCCGUAAAAUGGCUGCGAAGAAUGCGGUCGUUCGGUCGUUGCCGUCAGUUGAGACGCUUGGCAGCUGCAGCGUUAUUUGUUCAGACAAGACUGGUACUUUGACAACCAACCAGAUGAGCGUCAACAAGAUCGUCUAUCUGGCCGAGUCUGGACAGGGUCUCGAAGAGAUUGACGUCGAGGGUACAACCUUUGCCCCCGAAGGAAACCUCAAGCGUAACGGCAAGGUGCUCGAAGAUGUUGCCGUGCAUUCGUCGACUGUCCGUCAGAUGGCCGAAGUUCUCGCUCUCUGCAACGAAGCUGUCCUUUCAUAUGAUGCAAAGAGUGGCCUAUUUUCCAACAUUGGUGAACCCACUGAAGGUGCCUUGCGUGUUCUGGUUGAGAAGAUCGGUACAGACGAUCUUGCCACCAACGAGGCCCUGAGACGUUUGCCUGCAGCCGAAAGACUGCAUGUUGCUAGCCGUUAUUUCGAGGAGCGCCUUCCAUUGAAAGCAACCUAUGAGUUCUCACGAGACCGGAAGAGUAUGUCUGUUUUGGUCGGAGACGGUAAGGCGCAGAAACUCUUGGUCAAGGGAGCCCCCGAAUCCAUCCUUGAACGCUGCUCUCAUACUCUUCUCGGUGCUGAUGGACCCCGUGUCCCGCUCACUCAGCACCACAUUAGUCUGAUAUCCGGAGAGGUCGUGGAAUAUGGAAACAGAGGCCUGCGGGUUAUUGCCAUCGCUAGCGUCAAUGACGUUGCUGAGAAUCCGCUGCUUCGCACUGCUAGUACCUCUGAGGAAUAUGCUCAACUAGAACGGAACAUGACCCUUAUUGGACUUGUUGGCAUGCUUGAUCCCCCGCGUACGGAGGUUGCUGGCUCGAUUCAGAAGUGUCGCGACGCUGGUAUCCGUGUCAUCGUUAUCACGGGUGACAACCGGAAUACGGCCGAGUCCAUCUGCCGGCAGAUUGGUGUCUUCGGCGAGUUUGAGGACUUGGAAGGGAAGAGCUUUACGGGCAGAGAGUUCGAUGCCCUGAGUGAGAGCGAAAAGUUGGAGGCCGUGAAGACAGCCUCUCUGUUCUCCCGGACCGAGCCUAGCCACAAAUCUAAACUGGUGGAUCUCCUUCAGUCUGUGGGACACGUCGUUGCUAUGACCGGUGACGGUGUCAAUGACGCACCGGCCCUCAAGAAGGCCGAUAUUGGUGUGGCUAUGGGCAGCGGAACUGAUGUUGCUAAGCUUGCGGCCGAUAUGGUGCUCGUUGAUGACAAUUUCGCUACUAUCGAGACGGCUAUCGAGGAAGGAAGGUCGAUCUACAGCAACACCCAGCAGUUCAUUCGGUAUCUGAUCUCAUCCAACAUUGGAGAGGUGGUCUCUAUCUUCCUGACAGCUGCCAUCGGUAUGCCCGAGGCUUUGAUCCCGGUGCAGCUCCUGUGGGUCAAUCUUGUCACCGACGGUUUGCCAGCAACUGCUUUGUCCUUCAAUCCUCCUGACCAUGAUGUGAUGAGGCGCCCCCCUAGGAAGCGUGAUGAGCCUCUCGUGGGUGGUUGGCUGUUCUUCCGUUACAUGGUCAUUGGUACUUACGUUGGCGCUGCUACCGUUUUUGGAUACGCAUGGUGGUUCAUGUUCAACCCUGAGGGUCCUCAGAUCUCCUUCUGGCAAUUGGCGCAUUUCCACAAGUGCUCUUCGGAGUUCCCAGAGAUUGGUUGCGAGAUGUUCACCAAUGAAAUGUCCAAGUCCGCUUCUACGGUGUCGCUUUCUAUCCUGGUCGUCAUUGAGAUGUUCAACGCGGUGAAUGCCCUGUCGUCCAGCGAGUCUCUGCUCACCUUCCCCCUGUGGAACAAUAUGAUGCUUGUGGCUGCCAUCAUUCUCUCGAUGGUACUUCACUUCGCCAUUCUCUACAUUCCGUUCCUCCAGGGCCUGUUCUCCAUUCUGCCGCUGGAUUUGACCGAAUGGAAGGCCGUUGUGGCUAUCAGUGCUCCCGUCAUCUUCAUCGAUGAGAUCCUCAAAUUUAUUGAGCGUCGGCUGUAUGUCAGCCACGUCAGCCCUGCUGCUACCAAGCCAAAGAGCGCAUGAUUAGACAGCCACUAGAGUGAGGCUGAGGACAUGUAUGAAUUAAGAGAUAGGCAGACUAUUGCUCUGUCCAAAUUCUCCUUUUUUUUUUCUUUUGGGUCUAUUGGGCUAGAUAGCAUAGACCGUACAACUACACGAAUCCGUCACGCUGUUGUAUUAGACGAUAAUGAAACUGACCUUUGUUGGCUCUAAUCUCAU